AGAAAAAGACCACCGAAACGACAACAAGCACGAUUCGUUCUGCGAGCUGGAGGUCGGCAACGACGGCGGUAUUUUCCGAUUGUGACGCAGGCACGACUAACAGGUCAUAUAUCUUCAUUGGCGCGUGCUAAAAUAAAAGACCUUUGACAACGGCCACGUCUCGAUCAACGCCAUUAUUUUAGCACGAGUCCCUGUGCCGUCUGUCACGUCUGCUGCAUUAUACAUUCCUCAAAGUCAACUACAAUGAAUGACGCCAGUUCAUCUAACAUUGAUGGUGUUUUGAAAAGGAAAAGACAUAACUCUGAAGGCUAUUUACAUAAUGGUACUGUGUCAGGCAAGCGGAUGAAAAUUGACCACAGUCCUAUUGAUCUCCCAAGUAUUUUAUCUAGAUCUAAAUUACAUGGUUCAUCACAGUCAUCACUAUCAGAUGAUAGUGAGCAUCAAUAUUUUACAAAUUUACAAAGAAACUCCAGAGUAAGAGCUGACUCUGAUCCAUUUCAAAUUAAUUCUGAGAACAAUGAUUCCUUCCAACAAUUAACUGUUGGUAAUAAUGGAAGUGUAGAGCGGCGACCAUUAUCUGAGUUACAAGUUCUGUCGCCUGACUCUCAUUCAAUUUAUUCAGAUGAUAGGUCGGAAUCAGAAGCUAGUAGUCCUGCUCUCAGUGAACCUGCCCCAUUAUUAUCUGACAAUGAACUAAGCCCAGAUUGUAUUGAUAGUUCUGAACCAAAGAAAAAUAUUGAAAAUGAUCCACCUACAUAUGUGCCAACUCCACGUUAUUCAAACAUUCAAGAUAAUGUUGGAAGUACUGUAGUUACUACUUGGAGCAAAUUUCGAGACAUGGCCAUUAACCAUAAGCCAAUUGCAUUAAAUGAAAGACCAUGUCCAUUACCUGAAAUUCCUUGGGGUAAACGUGCAGCUUUUUGGCAGAUGAUAUGUAAUAGAGAUUCUGCAACAUUAACUUACAGGAAUCCUGAUUACCAAGAUUGCCAUGAACAUAUAACACCUCGAAUGAGAGCUAUUCUUUUAGAUUGGCUAAUUGAGGUGUCAUCUGUUUAUAAGUUACAUCGAGAAACUUAUUAUUUAGCCAUGGAUUAUUUAGACAGAUAUUUAUCAAACAGUGAUUCUAUUCCUAAACAAAAAUUACAACUCAUUGGAAUUACUUGUCUGUUUAUGGCUGCCAAAAUGGAAGAGAUUUACCCUCCUAAAUUAACUGAAUUUGCUUAUGUCACUGAUGGUGCAUGUACUGAUGAAGAUCUGUUAGAUAUGGAGAAAAUAUUAUUGAUGCAUCUGCGUUUCCGUUUAACACCAGUUUCUAUAAACUACUGGGUAGAACUGAUGUUGCAAUUCAUUUGUGUGGAUGAUAGUACAGCUGAAGACAGUUUGAUUACUCCACAAUUUCCUCAAAAUUUAUUCAAUCAGGUGGCUCAUCUUUUAGAUCUAGCCAGCCUAGAUUCAACUAGUUUACGUUACUCAUAUAGUGAAUUAGCAGCAUCCGCUCUGACUAUAGUGCUAAAUAAAAAAAUUGCUUUAACAAUUUCCGGAUUAUCAGAAGGAAAUGUAUGUAAUUGUGUUGAAUGGAUGUCUGUAUAUUGGAGUGUAAUUCUUGAAGAAUACCAGUAUGAAGAAAUUGAUUUUGAAAAUGAUUCAGAACAAGUAGAUGGCACCCAUGUUAAACAACAACACUUAGUCAGUAUGGAUAUGUAUGAUUUAGCACAGAGUAGAUUUGAACUAAUUCAAUUAUCCCGAGUCAAAGGCCCAGUAACUCCUUCAAACUUAUUAACACCGCCAUGGAGUGGUAAAAAAUAUCCUGUAACAGCUGAAGAGUGCAAACCCUCAUGUAGCUAUAAAUAAUAAAUUAAAUACUGACAACACCAACAGUAAGAUUUUUUUAUUAAAACAUGUACAUUUUACCUUGCAAUAGGUCAUUGUAUUCUAGUUUUCUUUGUGUUAAAUAAUAUUUUAUUUUAAUUGAUAGAUUCUGUCUUGACGACCUAGAUUAUUUAAAUGUGCAAUAAUAAUCUAUUUUUUUAAAUUAGUACUGUUGGUAGUUAAUUAUAAUUAUAAAUACAAUUUGGAAAUCAGUAAUCAUACUGAAAAUUUUUUUCUUUCAAGUUAAUAGCUGAUUUCUCUCCUGAAAAGUGUAAAAUUAAGGUCAACAUUGUUGAUUGAACUGGUGUUCCUCAUUUAAAGUUAUGUCAAAUUGCUAAACAAUGAAAAAAAAAUAUAUUUGACCCUCAUAUUGAUUUUAAUUUUAUGUAACAAUCACUUUGUAUAUUAUAUAUGAUUAACUAAAUACUUAAUAGACUCAUGAGUAAUUAUAUUAGGGUUAUUAUUACAAAUUUUUUUACAAGCCAUUCCUUCAUAUUACACAAUCUUAUAAUUUUGACUUUUUAUAUCAAAUUACAUUAUCCUUUUGUAUUCUAGUCUUAUUUAGCUGAUAAUGAUAAAAUUAUUUUGUGUAGUCUCAUAGCAUGUUUUAUUAUGUACAAUUUUUUUUUUUUUUGAAACUUUAAAUUAUUAUUUCCUUAUGUUAAGAUGCGCAUAUUCAUGGUUUUGUACUAACUCCAUGCGCUAGUUAUAUAUUUGUAUAUGUGUAAUUUUGAAAUCAACGAUUUUCUAAUGUGCCAGUUUCUUUUUAUGUAAUGCAAUGACCAGAAUUUUUGAAAAAUUUGUAUAAAGUGAUCUCCAUUCAACAUUGAAUUUGUAUUAAAAUAUAUUAUAGAACAUAGAAAUAUAUAUAAAAAAUGUUU